AUGAUGGCGUGCGCGGAGCUGCUGGCCGUGUGCCUGCUGUCAGCCGACCGCGGCCCCGCGCCCCGCCGCCAGCCGCUCCCCAUCUUCCACGACAUUUUCCGGCGAGCUGACAAGAACGAUGAUGGGAAGCUGUCGUUUGAGGAGUUCAAGAACUAUUUCGCUGAUGGAAUCCUGAGCUCGGAGGAGCUGUGGGAGUUGUUCAGUGGCAUUGACAGGCGUCAUUCAGACAAUGUGGACACGGAGAAAUUGUGCGAUUAUUUCUCGGCAUAUCUUGGAGAAUACAGGAAUGUGCUUUCUGCCCUGGAAGCUCUCAACUCUGCGGUCCUGGCAGCCAUGGACAAAACCAAGCUGAGGUACGAGACCUCCUCGAAGAUGGAGCAGUUCCUGACCCGUUUCCUGCUGCGGGAAACCAUGCACCAGCUGCAGUCCCUCCAGGCCUCGCUCGAGUGUGCUGUGGACACCGUGGAGGAGCAGGCGGGACGGGAGAGGAAGGACAUAAAGAAAUCUGAGACCUCGGUUGGCCUGAGGUCAGGGAGACGAUGUGGGCGCAGAGGACAGAAGAACGUCUGUCUGUCUCCGACGGACCCCUAUUCCGGGAUGCUAACGACAGGCGUUUGUGUCGAAGACAACAGCCAGUGGAUGGCACAGAUCAAUAGGCUCCAGCAGCUCAUCGAGAAACUAGAGUGCAAGAGCCCACGCCUGGAGCCACUGAAGGAGGAAGCAAUGUGCAAAGGAAGAGAUGCACACAUCCUGGUGGCAAAGAGGCAGAUCUCGGUGGCGACGAGCAGCAUUGAGGAGUUUCGCCAGGCGUUCAGGUCCUACACGGAGGUCACCGCUGGGCAGAGCAGCUGCCUGCACGUGUCUGCCUGCAAGCUGACAGACGAGGCCUGCUUCAUCCUUUACGAGUUCUGGCAGGACGUGACUUCGUGGAGAAGCCACUUGCAGUCCAGCUGCAGCAAGACUUUCCAGCGGGCCAUCAUCAGCUUGCUGGAGUCCCCGGAGCUGCUGACCACCAUGCUUUUCCCAGCCUCUUGGUGGAUCAUGAACAACAACUGA